AUGGUUGGAUAUGUCCCGUACUUUCAUUACUUUAUCAAUGAUUUGACACCCUCACAAGAUUUUUCUUAUCCCGGACUCAACCUUCCGAGCACCGGUCCAAAAGAACCGGAUUCGCAAGCAAUAAAAUCUGAACAACCGGAUUUGCAAACAAAAUCUGAACAAUUACAAGAAGAAACAGCAUCCUCUAUAAAGACAAAGAAUCGUGGUCGACCUCGAAAACCUAAUGUAACUACUUCGACUAAUGACCUCAACGAGGAUGCUGUCGCAGUUUCUUCACCUUCCACUACAACGGAAGCGACUGUUCAACCACCUGUCAAAAAAGCGAGAGUUGAAAGGAAAAACAAAAACAUCAAAGGCAAGACGAAAACUGUAAAAGAGAAAACAAAAGUAUUUGUGAAUGAGUGGGUUGAUGAUACAUAUCCAAUAAAUGUAAAGGAGCAACUGAUAACGAGCAGUAGUGAUGGUAAAGGUGCUGCUCUUGCUAUCAAAAUAAAUAAUAAUAAAAAAGGUGGCGGUGGUGGU